AAUGUUGGAUUCAGACUGAAUAAUUCAGUACCUCUCUUUCUACUAUUAUAGCAGUCCAUUUCUUUAUUGUUCAAUGAUAUCACGCCAUCUGGGCAUCACAAUAUUCAAUUUCAAUAUAAUGUUAGAUUCAAGAUUCAAUAUUUCUAUUCUGUCGUCAUAUUAUUACGAUUUAUUACAAUGUUAUGUUAUAGUUAUAUAUUUUAUUUUUACAGAUAAUAGAUUUUUAUCAUACAGAUUACAGACCGAUGCGAUGAACGAUGAUUGAUGGCUAUUCUGUAGAUAUAUUGACCACCUGUUCUUACUUUCUUAAUUCUUUUUCAUAAUUUAUCAUUUACCUAUAUAUUAUGGUUUUCAAAACCAUUACCUUUAUUCAUUAUGUCAGCUAUUAACUAUUGAUGUCAUUAUUAUUUUUAUUAUAGUUAGUAGUUCACAAUUGAUUAAUAUCCCGAAAUUAUUACAAUUUUACAAUUCACUUGUAUACCUACUUCACAUAUUAUACUAAUUAAUAGUUCAUAUUAAUUUUGUUGAAAAUUUUAAUUAGUAAGUGAUUCCAAUACCAAAAGAAAAUAUGAUGCCUAGAGGAAAAAAUGGUUAUUCCUGGGAAUUAAACUCAGGAACUCAAGACAGUGAGCCUUUACUAGAAAGAGAUACUGAAGAUCCAGAUGAUGUGUUAUUUACAUCCCGCCCAGGCACAUCAACAUUUGUAGCUGAUAUGCUUAGUUCACAUUCUCAUAAGAUGAAUAAUCAACACAAUCAACUUGACCUUAUAUCUAAUUCAGUAAAAACAUUGAAAAAUGUUUCAGAAGAUAUAAGUGUUGAAUUAGAUCAUCAAAAUGUAAUGCUUGAAAAUUUAAGCUCUGAAUUAGACAAAACAGAAUCAAGAUUAGACAUGGUAUCAAAAAAGGUGGCACAAGUUCUACAAUUGUCUGAUGAUAAAAGACAAUGGAUGGCAAUUGGAAUUUUAGUUGGUAUUAUUUUAAUAACCAUCAUUCUUUUAAUAAUUUUGUAAAUUAUGUUCAAACAUUAUAUUUGGUAAAAAAGACUGAUUUUAUUUAUUUUAUAUUUACUUUACUCAUAAAAUAUAUUGACAUAUUAUGAUGAAUGUGGCAUAUGUGCCACUAAAUUUUAUUAUUAAAAAAUCUAGUCUAUAUUCUAUUAUAACUUAUUUUAUUUUAUCAUUUAUUAUCUUUAAAAAGGUUAAAUAUUAUCAAUGAUGAAUUGAUAAAUUGUUCUUGACUGUUUAGCAAUUUGUAUAAUUUUUCUCUGAAAUUUGUUUUUCAUUUAAUCUAAAUAAAAUAUUUUGAUGUA